AUGGCUGGUUUCUACAUGCAGUAUCUGGAGAGUCUUUGCCGGCGGCGUGGAUGGCACGAUCCCUCCUACGAGUGUUAUCGUGAUGGCAGUGGCUUUACCUGCUUGGUUCUCGUCAACGGCCGCGAAUAUCAGACAGAUAUCCCAUAUCAAACACAUGGACUUGCUCAGGAAAACGCGGCCAUGCGUGCGUUCAUGGUUUGCCGAAAUUUCUCGGUCAAUGGAGGGAUGCUGGCUCGCAACGGAAUCGUCCAAGGGUUGCCGGCAGACGAGGCCAAGCACAAGUCCAGACGGAGCAGCCGUCCUCAAACGUCUUCUCACUAUACGCAUGGACACCGCACUCGGCAUUCCGGAGAUGAAUCAAGCAGCAGCUCGACUGCUUCGGUGGAAUAA